UCAGCCAUGCCUGACCAGUUUCAGAAGGAGAGUUUAGACGCGCACAAUCAAUACCGCGCUCAACAUGGUGCCCCGCCAUUGAAAUGGUCCUCAAAACUGGCGUCCGAUGCGGAGAAAUGGGCCAAACAACUGGUGAAGUUAAAUCGCCUUCAACAUCACACUGGAGAUGAUGGCGAAAAUCUUGCGUAUGCUUCAGGCUAUGAACUAACAGGUCAGAGAGCCGUAGAUAUGUGGUACGAAGAGAUCAAAGACUACAACUUUGGCAACCCUGGAUUUUCUUCAGGAACAGGCCACUUUACCCAAGUUAUAUGGGUAGGCUCGCAGGAGGUGGGGGUCGCCAAAGCAAGCAACGCUAAUGGCACACAAUUUGUAGUUGCACGGUACUACCCUGCUGGGAACGUUCUGGGGCGCUUUCCGGAAAAUGUCCAGCCCAAAGGGUCUAAGAUUUCCAAAAAUGCUGGUAAGAAGACGGAACAGCCUCGAGGUAGCAGGCCAGUGGGUGGGAAAGUGCAAGUCACCGUCAAUACCAAAGGCGCUACUGACAAACCACAAAGCACCAGGGAAUUCAAGAAUGAACUUCUCAAGUCACACAACGAAAUCCGCACCCAACAUGGUGCACCUUCUCUGAAAUGGAAUUCGAAACUGGCUGCGGAGGCACAAUCUUGGGCAGAAGAUUUGGCAAGUAGGAACUGUAUACAGCCCAGCAGCUCAAAUGACUACGGAGAGAAUAUUGCUUAUAUGUCCGGAGGGCAACUUACAGGGAGAAAGGUAACUGAUAUGUGGUACGAGGAACACGACAAAUACAGCUUCAGAAACCCAGGGUUUUCUUCGACUACCGGCCAUUUUACCCAGAUAGUCUGGCAAAACUCUAAAGAAAUGGGAGCCGGAAAAGCUGUCAGUUCAAGCGGAGCACAAUUUGUCGUGGCGCGAUAUCAGCCCCCAGGGAAUGUCCGGGGGCAGUUCCCCGAAAAUGUCAAACCGGCAGGGACCGGAGGGGGAGGUGGACAAAGUUGUUGUAUCAUUUUGUGAUAAAAGAAAUACAUGAGAUUUAAUCUGGUACUGAAGGCUCAUCGGUGGAACACCGGAAUCGAAUUUUUUUUGUUAGACUUCAAAGAGAAAUAAACAAUAGGUAUGCUACAAUCGCGGACGAAACAUGUUUGGACAGGGUGUUCAUUUAUGAUAGUCUCGCCUCUCAAAUCUCUAUGGAAAAGAACAAAAAUCACACC